AAGGGGAUAAAGUUAGCGAAAGAAAACCAGUCACACCUUUCGCCUCCAAAGCACAGCGACACGACGAAAAGAAGCAGAAAGGGGGAGAGCUAUGGUACUACUCCAUUGCUGCCGCACCGCAACUUCCUUCCAUUCCCUCAAAACUUUCUCCAAAACUUUUUCCAAAACCCUGACAUUUCGUCUAGCGCCUUACUAUCCAAGGCCUCUGCUCCCUCUCGUCGUUAGACCCCUUUCUGCCUCCGCCGUCCAAACUGCCGGCGCAGCCGUCACCUCCGCCACAGACGAUAGUAAAGUGGUGAAGCCUCAAUGGAAAGCAGCAAUAGAUUUCAAGUGGAUAAGGGAUAAUAAGGAGGCAGUUGCUGCUAACAUUGAGAAUAGGAAAUCCUGUGCUAAUCUGGAGCUUGUGCUGGAGCUCUAUGACAAGUUGCUCAAUGUUCAGAAGGAAGUGGAAAGGCUACGAGCUGAGAGAAAUGUAGUUGCUAACAAGAUGAAAGGAAAGCUGGAACCUUCAGAGCGCGAGAAGCUCAUAGAAGAAGGAAAGAAUUUGAAGGAAGCACUUGUGACUUUGGAAGAAGACUUGCUCAAACUUACAGAUGAGCUGCAGCAAGAAGCACAAUCGGUACCUAAUAUGACACAUCCAGAUGUUCCACUUGGAGGGGAAGAUUCUUCAACAGUCAGGAAAAUGGUUGGUAAACCUGCAGAGUUUAGCUUUGCUGUUAAAGACCACGUCCAGCUGGGAAAAGAGCUAGAUUUGUUUGAUUUUGACGCUGCUGCUGAGGUCAGUGGGUCCAAAUUCUAUUACUUGAAGAAUGAAGCAGUUAUUUUAGAGAUGGCUCUUGUAAACUGGGCAGUUUCAGAAGCCAUGAAACGAGGCUUUACACCUCUGACUACCCCAGAGAUCGUUCGGUCAUCUGUGGUGGAAAAAUGUGGAUUUCAACCCCGUGGAACAAACACUCAGGUUU